CCAACUUCUACAUCAGGAGCAACUACAGAUAAAACUAGUGCUGCUAAUGAUGCCGGCACUAACGAGAAUACAAAUGGCGGAGCAGCAAGGCCCGGAGGACUAGAAGUUAAGACGCCUGAUGAUCAGACGAGUGGUUCUCCACCCGAUUCACGUAGAGGAAGCAAAAUCGCAC